GCCAACAACGGCAAAUGCUUAAACAACUCUUGUAUCACAAGUGGUAGCCCGUUAUUGAAUCUGACUGCAGUGACAACAUGCUUAUUUCGUAACUGAAGCAGUCCCGGAAUGCUAAAAAAGUUUCCCCCUUUUUUUGGUCUCGCAUCGCCCUCAUGUAGGCUAUUGCAUGUAAAGCCGAGACGUGACCGAAGUUAAACUUGUACUAGAUGAGAUAAUUUCAUAGUCUUCCGUUCCUGUUAACUUUUUUCUUUCUCUCGUUCUUUCAACACUUUCACUCCCAUUUUAUUUUUUAACCAUUCUCGUCACAUCAGGACAAUUGUUUUCCAUGACCGUGCCUGAUCCAAAGGAAAGCACGGACAACCAUGGCCGAUUAAAUGCCCACAUCAAAGCGAUUGAAUCCGAAGCGGGCGAACAUGGACUUCUCAAGGCUUUGGAAUCACUGAUCAACAACAUCACCGGUAAACGCGAUAAUGAUAAAUCUGCCAAACGGAAAAAGUCGUCUCGCAAAUCCAAUGCGGGCAAAUACGUUCCGCCAUCGUAUUCCAACCAACCGACGGGACCCAGCUGGACCCAGCAUGCCUUGAUCCAGAAUUUUGAAUCCAUUUUUGGUUUGACGCCUACCAACACCCGCGCCAUCAGAGAAGCCCUAGGACUUCCUGUUUCCCAACAACUGGUCCUGGUUGGUGGUUUGAUUGAAAGGCUAUUAAGUAAGCAUGCACCAAUCAACGAUCGCAACAAUACCUUUGAGUCGGUCGUCAACAUUUUGAGCGGUUUAUCGCUGGAACAAAAAGAGCUGGUACAAGUCACUGCGCAACCGUUGUUAAAGAUAUUUCAUGUAUGUUUUUCAUCCGCAUUGGACUGUAAUUCUCAAAAGAAAAGGAGGAUUCAAAAUGUCGGCCACAAUUUCCGCACUGCUGAUGGUAGUGGAAACAGCGUUGCUUUGCCGGACGUUGGAAAAGCCGGUAGCAAUUACACACGCACGGUGACAUCGCGUGCUCCCAUGAAUGAAAACCUUCCUUCACCUGAAGUCAUUUUUGAUCGUCUGUUCAAACGGCCCAAAGAUGGCUUUACACCGCAUAAAUCCGGCGUGAACAUGUUGCUGCUCUAUUUGGCAAUCCUUAUCACCCACGACCUUUUCUACACCGAUCCCAAAGAUAUGAAGCGGAAUCUCAGCACAAGCUAUGCAGAUUUAUCGCCGCUUUACGGCUUCAAUCGCCAAAACCAAGAAUCUGUACGACAAAUGAAGAAUGGCCUUUUGAAACCAGAUCAGUUCUUUGAUAGACGCCUUGUUAUUCAACCGCCAGGUGUGGCGGCUUUGGCGGUUUUAUUCUCGCGUAAUCAUAAUUACAUUGCGAAAACAUUGUUGGAAAAGAAUGAAAAUGGACGGUUCUCGUACGGCCCUGGCAAAGCGCUAGCCACGGCGGAGGAGCAAGACGAAGAGCUGUUUCAAACCGCGCGUCUGAUCAAUAAUGGAUGCUAUGCGAAUAUCAUCGUUCAUGAUUAUCUGCGUACGAUUUUGGGCACCACUCAAGACUCUGACUUUGAAUUCAGUCCGCUUCCUGCUCCUGAAGCUCCUGUUUACGGCAAUGCAGUGUCUGUCGAGUUUAACCUUAUUUACCGCUGGCACGCGGCCAUUGGGCAAAAGGAUGAACAGUGGAUCAACGAUGUCAUGAGCCUUUUGCCGGCGGAUAUGGUCCAACACUACAAACAACAGCAAAAGGACGACAAGGAAUCGGCCCACGGCGGUAAAUCAACCACGGAACACGGCGUCUUGGAUAUGAUUUGGGAGAAAUUCAAUGAAAAAUUCGUCCAUGCAUCGCCUGAAGAGCUCGCCUUGGGAUUACCUAUUGCGGGCGGUCAUCGUGACCUUCAGACUGGAUUAUUUUCCGACCAUAAACUGACUCUGAUGCUUCGACGAGGUUACACCCAAAUUGCUUCUGAGUUAGGCAAUGGUCUGAAAAUUCCUGAAGUGCUUCGUCCGGUAGAGAUUGCAGGGAUCAACCAAGCACGCGCAUUGAGAUGCUGUUACUUUAACGAGUUCCGACGCUUCUUCAAUCUCACCGAGCUUACCACGUUUGAAGACUUUUCUGAAAUCAAAUCGGUCCAGGAAACGCUCAAGGAACUUUAUGGCACGCCAGACAAGGUCGAGCUGUAUGUUGGCCUUAUCGUCGAACGUACCAAACAGACUGGUCUUCGACUACCCUACACUAUCGGAAGAAGCAUUCUCAGCGAUGCCACCAAUCUCCUGCGCAAUGAUCGCAUUUUAACCGAAGAACUGACGCCGUCGAAUCUGACCAACUGGGGCUUCCUUUACCAGCAAGGAGAUCCCCAGAGACACAAUCGGGUGCUCCCCACAAUGAUAAAGACACUGUUACCCAACGCAAACAGUGGGCACAAACCGGCCUUUACUGAGGAAGAGCUCACCAACUUGUUCUAUGUCCCGAGUACCACCGCGUCGUCCUCAUCGAAUAGUCUCUAAUGGGAUCACAACAACACAAAAUAAUAGGAGGACGCUUUAUUUUUCUAUCGAAUAUUAAAAGCAUUUAUGUAUUUGUUUAAUCUUGCUGCUGACCUUGCAUCCAAAAACUACGUAACACUGUGGCAUUGGGGUGCUGCCUUCGGGUUGCUGAUGGAUGACU